AUGGACGACUUUGCGAGUAUAGGAGUUAAGAGGUUUUUUAACAAGCAUGUUAAGGAUGCAGAGUGCAUACUAAAGCAGGAAGCAUUCGACUUUGUAGUCCAGGAGAUAACUGAUUCGAGAGUGUGUGGAGUGUACCCUAUUGUCGACUACAAGAAGUUUCUAGAUGGAAAAGAGGUGGCGGGAUGUUCUGAGGGGUUGAGUAGUGAAGAGAAGGAGUAUCGCACGAUAAUACACAAGAAGCUGAAGUAUUAUCCCUUUGUAAAGGCAAAGACAAUUGAGGGGAAGAUACGGCUUGAGAACAAUGAUGUGGGUGUUUAUUCGUUUGUUCUGCAAAAGGUUAUGUUCAAUACGAUUGACGCAGGGAAAUGGAUCUGUAGGAGGCUUGGAGUGCCUGAAAGUGCAUUUCAGUUUGCAGGAAAUAAAGAUAAGAGGGCAGUGACGUUCCAGGAGGUUACUGUUCGAUGCUCGUUUAUGAAGCUCUACAAGCUCGCGGUAGAGUUGAACAGGGAAGUGGACUGCUUCUCGUGGGAAGAUUUUAUUGCAGAAGGGUACACUAAAGAAAGUAUUGAGAAUGAGAAUAGGAUGGCAGAGCAAGAGAUUCUUAUGACUGUAGGGAUUAGUGCAGACGAAUGGAAGAAAGGGUUUGGGGAUGAACAUGAAGUGAAAGAGAAAGAAGAAAGGGCCAGGAAAGGAGAUCUGACUGGAUGGGAAAGGGUGAAGUCGUCGAUAAAGAUUUUUGAUAUCAAAAAGUCUGCUACAAGGAAGCUGGGGGAUUUGAAGGGAAAUAGAUUCAGCAUAGCAUUGAAGGGAUUCAAAGAUAAGGAGCUAGUAAAGAAUUUGGAAAGAGGAUUUCUUAACUAUUUUGGGCAGCAGAGGUUCGGCAACAAGCUCAGAAAUCACGAGAUAGGAUACGAUAUUCUGACAAAAAGAUAUGAAGAGGCUAUAGACAAGAUUAUGAAAGCAGGAAAGUGCCACGAAUUCUAUGUAGGAGGUAAGUAUGAAGAAGGCAUGGGUCUUGGUGAUAGUACAGAGAAGUACAUUCUGAAGUGUAAAUCCAAGGGGAUGAAAGGAAAAGAUAUGGUCUAUGGGCUGCGCAGAGAGCUUCGCAUGCUAUAUUUGCACUCCUAUCAAAGUCUAAAAUUCAAUGAAGCAAUCAACAGCCGGAUGGAGCUUGGAGGAGAUGUCGUUAAAGGAGACAUGGUCUGUGUGGGCGGAGAAAUAAAGGUUGUGGAGGAUCCUCUUGAGUUCAGCAUAUUCGAUGUUGUUCUACCAUUGGAGAAGUUCGAUAACAAAAUGCUGAAAGGUGGAUGUAGAAAGAUGGUAGAAAGAGCUGAAGACAUCACAGUAAAUGAAAUCAAGGAUGGAAUCGUGGUCAGGUUUUCGCUUAAUAGCUCAUGCUAUGCUACAAUGGCCUUAAGAGAGGUUAUUGGAAACUCUGUACUGAAUAGAGUAAGUAUAUAG